AUGCCAAAACUUGACCUAAACCUGUUGGACGACCUUACCUCCAUCACCAUGUCAGCCACUUCGCUCAACCAUGACCUCGUUGACCGCGUUCUCACUGACUUGUCUGACUUUACGAGCCUUUCUGCCGCCAUCCGCACCUGUAAGCUCUGGUACAACGCCUUUCAAGCCCGACAAAGAUCAAUUGUUCAUGCCAUCCUCGUCAAUGCCAUUGGGCCCGCAUGGCCUACUGCUCUGAAGCUCGAUCAUAAUGGCAAAUCAUUUUCGAAAGCUCAACUGAUGGCCUCAGAUAUGGUAAUUGCUCGCGACUCCGCUGAUGUCGCAGUCUCCCAAGCACAGACUGUGCUACGGCUCGAGAAUCUCUUCAGUAGGAGAUGCAAGGAUCGUUCUUCGUCAUACAGCAUACUCACACCGGCCGAGUCCUUGCGCUUCCAAGUGGCUCUUUAUCGGUUUUGGCAGUAUUGUCAAGAGGUUCAAGACUACGUACGGUGUGGGGAAUACUCUGAUGAUGAUGGCGGCGUAGACAUCGUUCCCGAGACCAGCAUCGAAUAUCUGCGCCAAUUUACCAAAAACGACCUCUAUGACAUUGCUAGAAUGGUCAGGUUCUUGAGCGAGACGGUUCAAUGGACGUCGUUUGUGUAUCCAACAUGGCCUGAGAGUGCUUUACUUCAGGAACCUCACGACAUUCUGGCUGCGUUUGAAGGCAGGAUGUCACAUCGCAGCUUUGACUGUAGUCUCUUUCGUGAAAACUUCUUUUCGGAGGCCUACAAUUGCGUCUUGGAUUCACGAGGCGUAGGGAAACAUAGGCGCAAUGUCGAGGCUGCGGCUGCCAUCUUGGACACGGUAGUCGGGGCGGAUGAUCAGUGUUACCGGUGUCAUAAUAUUGUAGGCCUGGGCCUCUGGGGCCCGUCCAACUGGCACCUUCUGAAGCCUCAUAUACCCUGGAGUCAGUGCAAUCGCCAGUACGAGGAUAGUAUGCUCGAUGAAUGUGCGCGCCAGAUCGAUUCCGCUGACUUGAUGGCGGAGCUGUUUGCACUGCAAGUUCACGACUCUCAGGUUUGGGAGGCGGACCAGUGGUACUGCCGGGACUGCUUGCUCAUAUUCUGGAGGAAGCGCCUUCGCUCGUGGUGGUAUGCGCGCAAGCAGCGGCGUCGAGCUGUCGGUAAUGCAGAAUAA